AUGUGUUUAUGUCUCAGGAAUCGGCUGAACGUCAGGAGAAUGGUUCGCAUCGCUCUCAUGAGUCCAAUCGGAGUCCUUCGGGUCGCGACUCUAAGUCUCCCCGACGCUCGCGAACCCACUCGCGCUCUCCCCGUCCGACCGCCCGCUCCCGUUCCCCACGCAAGAGAUCCCACUCCCGAUCCAGGAGUCGAUCGCAUUCUCAUCGAUAUAGUCGCCACCGAAGAGAUCACUCGAAGUCACGCUCAAGAAGUCCGCGAUCGCGGAGAGGAGGUCGUGAUAAAGACAGUUAUGAACGGAAGUCCCGUUACGACAGUAGCGGCAGUCAUCACGAGUCACGCUCCAGAC